AUGCCAGCCACAACGACCCUCUUCCGCGCCGCGCGGCCCAUCUUCCAAGAAUCAGCCUUCGCCUCCCAGACUUCUCGGACGGCCUUCUCGCGCUCGACGGGCUCCCGCAACUUUUACCAGAAGACUGGCAGCGGCCGCCGGUACCAGAGCACCGCAUCCGAUGGCGCCGCUCAGGCGAGUUGGGUCUCGCGCAUGUGGAACAGUCCCGUGGGGUUGAAGACGGUGCAUUUCUGGGCCCCUGUCAUGAAAUGGGCACUCGUCCUCGCCGGCGUCUCCGACUUUGCGCGUCCCGCCGAGAAGCUCUCCCUGACGCAGAACGGCGCCCUGACGGCGACUGGUAUCAUCUGGACGCGGUGGUGCUUCGUCAUCCGUCCCCAGAACUAUCUUCUUGCAGCAGUCAACUUCUUCCUGGGAUGCGUCGGUGUAGUCCAGGUGAGCCGCAUCCUCAUGUGGAAGCAGUCGCAGAAGUCCCUCCCAGCCGCCGCCGCCGACGUCAAGGCAGAGGCCAAGGAUUAG